GGGGCAGCGUGGAUGUCAGUCACCACAAAGGCCGUCAGAAGAGUACGUUGCAAGGAGCACGAUAUUGACCUACUAACACAGAUCUCUGGCGGCGGCGGCGGCGGCGCGGUGGUGGUUCCCCGCAGUAGCAGGCUGGUAGACGCCUCCCACUACUCCUCCUCUACCAACCACCACCCCAUCCCCCUCCCGCACUCUUCUCUCGGACCCCGGGAAGUGCUACAACUAGCUGUCUCCACUGUGUUGCGCUACGGGCCUGCCUGGGAGGUGAUAGUGAAGCCCCAGGCGAACCACUUUUCUUCAAAUCCUUUGAUGCUACUCCCCCUUCCCCCCCCCCCCACCACCGCACCCGUCCUCACCCUCACCCACAACUUCAGCGCACCCAGCAAUACUCAGCCUCAGCCCUGCCCAGCUUCGAUCUUCUUCUAGAGCUGUGGCUAGGAGUCGGGUGUUGUGUUCGCUGGUUCACUUGCGACUUUCCGGGGAGCCCUGUUCUCGUUUUGUUGCGUUUUUUGCUCCUCCCACCACAUUCUCCGGGCCAAGAUGAGAAUGAAAAAGUGUUUUGGUACUGACCACUUCCUCCUCCAGUAUCCCAUUCCCCUACUGUUUUCCUAUAAGAUCACUUAGAAAAUUUCGAUUGUAUUUGGUGAGAAAAACACAUGUCCUUACUUUUUGCAACAUGAAACAAAAAGAAGAAUGCUGAUGGAUAUAAGAUCAAAAUUUUUAAAAAAUUUUGGUUUGAGAAAUACUGGAGAUAGAAUUUGCCCGGUAAAUUGCGAUACAAGGUAAAAAAAAAAAAAAAAAAAAAAGAUUUAGUUAAAAUUGUUUCUGAUGCAGCUAAGAAAAAUGCAGACCAUUAAAAAGGAGCCAGCACUUGUUGAUACAAGUAAAAAUGUGGACAAAAUGAUAGUAAUUACUUCUGCUCUAACUGAAGUGUCUGAAGAUUUGAAUACAAAUGAAGAUCUAUUACUUACUGAAGGAGUUGGUGGAAAAAACAAAUCUUCAGCUUGCCGGAGAAAACGGGAAUUCAUUCCAGAUGAAAAGAAAGAUGCUAUGUAUUGGGAAAAAAGAAGAAAAAAUAAUGAAGCUGCCAAAAGAUCUCGUGAGAAACGUCGGCUGAAUGACUUAGUUUUGGAAAACAAACUAAUUGCAUUGGGAGAAGAGAAUGCUUCUUUAAAAGCAGAACUGCUCUCACUAAAAUUAAAAUUUGGUUUAAUUAGUUCUACAUUAUAUGCUCAGGAGAUUCAGAAACUCAGUAAUUCUACAGCUGUAUAUUUCCAAGACUAUCAAACAACCAAAUCAAACAGCACAUUUUUGGAUGAUCAUGAAACUUCUAUAGUGGGAAGUAGUUGCAUUUCUGUCAUUAAACACUCUCCUCAGAGUUCUUUGUCUGAUGUCUCAGAAGUAUCAAUGGAGCAUUCUCAGGAGAGUCCUAUUCAGAACAAUUGCAUAAGUCCUCCAAAUAAGUUUCAAGAUAUAAAACAGGAACCUAUGGAAUUAGAAAGCUAUACAAGAGAGUCAAGAGAUGAUAGAAGUUCCUAUACAACAUCCAUUUAUCAAAACUACAUAGGAAGUACCUUCUCUGGUUAUUCUCAUUCACCUCCUCUUUUGCAAGUUAAUCGAUCCUCUAGCAAUUCACCAAGAACAUCAGAAACUGAUGAUGGUGUGGUAGGCAAGUCAUCUGAUGGAGAAGAUGAGCAGCAAGUUCCUAAAGGCCCAAUUCAUUCACCAGUUGAACUUAAAAGCAUCCAUGCAACAGUUAAAGUUCCAGAAGUGAAUUCUGCACUACCACAUAAGCUUCGGAUUAAAGCCAAAGCCAUGCAAAUAAAAGUAGAAACAUUAGAUAAUGAAUUUGAUGUCACACAGAAACUCUCCUCACCUAUUGAUAUGUCAUCGAAGAGACAUUUUGAACUUGAAAAGAAUGAUACACAAAAUUUGGUACAUUCUUCCCUUACUCCUUUCUCUGUGCAAGUGACUAACAUUCAAGAUUGGUCACUCAAACCAGAACACUGGGAUCCAAAAGAACUCAAUGGCAAAAUUGAAAAUGGUUGCAAAACUGGAGUUAUUGGAAUUAAAAACAAUUUAUACAAUGUCUCUGAUUCAGAGAACUUGUAUUUAAAACAAGGGAUAGCAAACUUAUCUGCAGAGGUUGCUUCACUUAAAAGACUUAUAACCACACAACAAAUUUCUGCUUCAGAUUCUACUUAAGUUACUACUGAAUUGUUGUUUUAAAGAUGCUAUUUGCAGUAGAUUAACAUGUUUUGUAUUAUGCUGAAUUUUCACUGGACUUGUGAGGUCAUUUCACUGUAAUGUUCACAUGUUGUCCGAUAGGUGUCUUUUAAUGCACAAAUUACUAUGAAAAUUAGAUUGUUUUAUGAUCACUAUGUCUUGUAUAUAGUCAAAUAGCCUGUGCAGAGGCUAAAUAUAGAACAUUAUUUUUUGUUGUUCAAUUAUUAAGUGUACAAGUUACCACUUACAAUAAAGUAUUGGUGACAAACAUGGAAUUUUACUCCAGUAAAGCCAAUUCAAUGAAAAAGGCAAUGGUUUGUUAAAUGAUGGAAUAAUUACACAUUUAACAUUUUACUUAUUCCUUUGACUUUUAUUUCUUAACUAAGAUAAAUUUGUAAUAGACACUUUCCAAGCAUUUUGUUUUGGCUUUCCUUAAGUUUGCCUGACUGCAACCUUGAAAAGAAAAAAAAAAAUGAAACCCUAGAAAAGAAAAAAAAAUAGAAUCUGACUUUUUAUUCGAAAAUUCCUUCCUUAAUUGCUUCUCAUUAGUUUUUUUUUUUUAAUGAACUUUUCAUUACACAUCAGUUGUUUGGGUUUUUGUUGUUUUGUUGUUGUUGUUUUUAUUUUAGUAAAGAAAAGCCCAAAUUGAUUAUCAGCAGCCUUGCCAGACUCUUCUCUUUUAAGCAAUGUACAUAGAUGCAGUUAAUUGAAUCAGUGACAUGGCUUACUAUAUUGCUAUGAGUGAUUUAAAAAUUGGAUAAAGGGAAAAUACUUAGUAAUGUAAUUUUCUUUCAUUGUAACCCAUGCAAUUCUGGCAGAUGACCAUCUGGGGAGCUUAGUUCUUUAGUAAUAAAAUAAAACUAAAAUAUACCUGUA